AGGCAGCAGCAGUAGUCAUAAGCUCAUGAAGAUCCCAUCCUGUGUGAAGUUGCUUACAUUUAACUAUAUAUAUCUCUACAAACUAAAAAAUAAUGGAUAACAGGUGUCAUUGUUCAGCCAACAGUGACAGGCUUUCAAAUCCUAUCCUCUACAACAUCCUGAGCCAAAUGGAUAACAGCAAACCAAGCCACAACAGCUUCAACUACAAUUCAGUACCUCAUAGAUGCAACUGUGACCUGCGACGAACAGUGUGCUUGAAAAGACCAUCAGAGAUUUGCAAAGAAGCCUCAGCAGUUCUGGUUAAAACCAUCCAUUUCAUGAAGAACUUGCCUGCUUUUAAUCAGCUGCCACUGAGUGACCAGUUGUCACUUCUCAAAAGCUGCUGGGCACCACUCUUCAUUUUGGGUCUGGCCCAAGAGCACGUGGUCUUUGAGGUGACGGACACCCCUGCUGACAGCAUGCUGAAAAAGAUUCUCCUAAACCAUCAGGAGAGCCCAGAGAUGGAGAGGGAGCAGCCCACUAUGGCCGGUGUCAGCAAACUCAAGUCCUGCCUCAGAAAGUUUUGGAAUUUGGAUUUGAGUCCAAAGGAGUAUGCAUACCUCAAAGGGACCACAAUAUUUAACCCAGACGUCCCAGACUUAAAGGCAGUUCUGUUUGUGGAAGGCUUGCAACAGGAAGCCCAGCACGCCCUCAGCGAGGUGGUCAAGCUCCUUCACCCAGGGGAGCAGGAGGAGCGCUUUGCUCGAAUCCUUCUCACUGCCUCAAUGCUGCAGAGCAUCACACCCAGCCUCAUCUCUGAACUCUUCUUCCGGCCAGUGAUAGGCCAGGCUGAUCUGCUGGAGCUGCUGGUGGACAUGCUCUUCUGCAGAUAGACAGAAGAGGGAAUGUGGACUUCAAGUAACUGUCCUGGAGAAAGUUGAAUCCUGUCUUUACGAGUUGUGAUGGAGAACUUUUUGUUGAACAACCGAAGCAAUGUUUCCUCCUGAGAUUAAGAAAUGCCUGACAGUGGACUCACAAUAGUGAACAAACACUAUGUGAAUGGUAAACAUACAACUAUGAAUGACUUAUAUUUGAAGUGAAAAGAUUUGACUUUCCACACAAAGACAGACCGUGCUCACUGUUAAUAUUCUGUAUGUCAUGUUGAGGAUCUUCUCUGUUCGUUUUAGUAUUGUAAAUAAGUAACAUUACAACAUUACAAAUAAAUAUAUUUUUGUACACGAACGUAA